AUGACUAUUAAUUUGUGUGAUAAUAGGAUGCAAAAUGGAAACUUCAUUACAAACACAGAUAAUACUCCGACCGAUAAUAACGACAAUGCAAUCAUCACUCGCUCUCCGAAACACUGUUGGUUUCCAGACGACCAACAAAUGGCAGCAAAUAUGGAGAGAUUAGAGAGAAAUACAUUCAAAGUAUUCCUAACGAAUGGCAAUUACAAUGUAGUCAAGACCGGGGAUGUGACGGACGUCCGCGGGAUCAUCGCUCUCAUCACUAGUCGAUUGUCUUCCGAUUCAAGCAAAAGGUUUUAUGAGAGCGCGUAUGCCAUCAGAAUCGCCAGAAUUGGCGGCACCAGUGAUGACCACUUUUGGUUACAUCCCGAGACGUCCAUGAAUGAGGCGCUCGAUCACCACCAGAACCUAUUGGACGCCGACUGGAGAUAUGAACUGCGAAUACGAUAUAUUCCGUCGACUUUGAGUGAUAUUCUGGUGAAAGACAGGUUCACUUUUCACUACUUGUACGACCAGAUAGAGGCGCCCGUAGACCAGGAUCUGGCCAUUCAGUUAUGCUGUCUGGAGAUCAAAUUCUUUGAUUUGGUUCAGCCUUUUGUUAACUUCAAGGAAGAGAAGUUCAAAUGUGCGUUAGGGACGGGUUGGAGUAUUCCCGUUCAGUUAGUCAUUGGCUGUGAUUUUGGUAUCGGUUAUGUCACUGACAGGACAGGACCGCCCACACAAAUGGCACAAUUCCAAAGCGUUCAAAGCAUUCACAUCACCACAAAUGUCAACGAAAACAAUGCAAACAAUUCUGCCGCUAAUCCUCUGAACCAAUCAAAUAAAUCAGUCCUUCAGCUGAAGAUUGCGGGCGCGUCUGAAGUGUUGGCCAUUUCUUGUCCGUCAAACACGAUCGCUGAGAAUAUCGCGAAUCUAAUCGAUGGAUACUGUCGUCUAGUUAACAAUACAGACGAUUCCUUUUGGAUCCGAAAAGCUCUUUUCUAA